AUGACGAGGGACGAUCGUUCCGACCUGGACAAGGCACACUCUAGUGUUCAUAGUAAAGAUAUGGAUACAAAUACAGAUGAGGAAGAAGAUAUAAAGCGGUUCGAGCAAGAAUUGGUGGAAAUGCAUAGCAGGAGGCUGUCGCUUCGCCGCUCGCCACAAAGGGAGGACGGAUUCAGAUCUCUGUUUAAUAUAGAGGUAAAAACCCCGGAUGAACAAAAUAGAACUGGACAAAAAAGGGUAAGAAGCCCGGAAGAGAAAAAAAUGAUCGAAUACGAAAUAAUAAUGAAGCAGAUGGAGGAAAUGAAUAAAAUGGUUAAAAAUAUAUACGACUUGGCAAUAGGGAAUAACAACACCAAAGUGGAAAUAAAAAACGGCGCAAAAGAUCUCAAGAGAAAAAUGGAACGAAUCCAGACUAGAAUGAUAAGCUUUGAAAAGCAAAUAGCUAACGGACACCAAACAAAGGCUAGAAGGAGAGACAACGUAUCCCCUCCUAAAAAGGAAACAAAAACAUGCGGAACGCAGGUGGACCCGAAGAUGAUGGAAGAGGAGAGAAAAGAAACUAAAAAAGAAGAAGAAAUGUGCCUAGAACAAUUAAACAAAAGGGAAGGAUGGGAAGGGAUGAAAAAAAUCCUGGACCUAACAUGGCCGGAAGCAGCCUAUACCAAUACGAAACAUGGGAAAGACAAAAAACUGAAUGAACCGGGAGACAUGGCCAUAUUAGUGGACCCUAAACAGGAAGUAGAAGUAAACCUAGUGCGAGAGGUCAGUGAUAGAUUCUCAGACAUUCUACCACUAAUAAAGAACGGGCUUAAACAGACAGAACAACUGAAAAGAGUCACAGAUAUGAUAGGGGAAAAUGGAAAGCGAGAAGAGAUCACGAAUUUUCUCUGGGUGAUCCCCCUAAAUGAGAACCAUGGGGUGGAAGACACGUAUAAAAAAAUCGAUGAAAUAAAAAGAAUGAUAAAUAAAGAAGAUGAGAGAAAAAUUAAUCUGGUGGUAUCUGAAAACGUAGGGGAUAGAUACAUAAGAAAAUGCACCGAAGAAAUCUUUCAUGACACCAAAUGUAUGAUUACAAUCUGGAGCAAAAAUCCCCCCCAAAAAGGGAUACCGGACCAAAUCACGGGAAAAAUAAUAAUGAGAACGGAAGGCAAAGACUACGCAAAUGCGCUAAGAAAAAUAAGGGAAACGGUAAACCUGGACCAAAUGGGUAUAAAGGUUAAGAACAUAAGAAAAACGGCACAAGGAGAUGUAUUCUUGGAAGUAUCUGGAGGAAAGGAAAAGGCUAACGCACUAAAAGGGUCCAUUGAAAGAGAGUGCGGGGCUAAGGUAGAGAUCAAAAAAGACACAAGUAUAUUCUACAUAUCGGACAUUGAGGCGGGAAUAUCCUAA